CCCUCUCUGCGUCAUUUGGGCGAACUUGGUUGCAUUGUCUUGACGUCUUUGACGGAGCUGACGUUCCGUAUGCGAGCUGUCGCGGGCUGUUCGUUCUCGAGUGGCGUCAUUUAACAGACCGAGAUUGUUUGCGCGGAAAGUGCGAGUAUGGGCCGCUACAGAAGUCGUAGUCGCGACAGAGACAGGCGACGCAGAUCACGCACCCGUUCGCGGAGUAGAUCCCCGCGCGACAGGCGGAGCUGGGGUGGCAGUGGAGGACGUGACAGACCGUCCAGCAGUCGCAACAGUCGCGGGCAACCGGGAGCAAAUCUGAGGAAACCGCGAUGGGACCUCAGCCGGCUGGAACCCUUCAAGAAGGACUUCUAUAUUCCUCACGACGCGGUGCAGAAUCGAGAUCCGCGUGUCGUGGAGCAAUACAGAGCCGAGAAGGAGAUCACUCUUCGAGGCAAGAAUAUCCCGAAUCCUGUCUUUGACUUCGACGAGGCAGGUUUCCCAGACUACGUCCUAAGAGAGAUCAAGAGACAAGGCUUCAGCGAACCCACAUCGAUCCAAGCGCAAGGAUGGCCUAUCGCGCUGAGCGGUCGAGAUAUGGUGGGCAUCGCGUCCACGGGAUCUGGGAAAACGUUAUCUUACAUACUGCCUGCGAUAGUUCACAUCAAUAGCCAGCCGAAAUUAAGUCGCAAAGACGGACCUAUCGCGUUAGUCCUGGCGCCUACGCGAGAGCUCGCCCAACAGAUUCAGCAGGUUGCCGACGAUUUUGGACAUUCGUCGGGCAUCAGGAACACCUGCCUGUACGGUGGCGCGCCAAAAGGCGGUCAGGCCCGGGAUCUGGACGGCGGUGUAGAAAUAGUCAUCGCUACGCCCGGAAGAUUACUCGAUUUUCUCGAGUCCGGGAAGACAAAUCUGAAGAGAUGUACAUAUUUGGUGUUAGACGAAGCCGACAGGAUGUUGGACAUGGGAUUUGAGCCGCAAAUCAGAAAGAUCAUAGAACAAAUUAGACCAGACAGGCAGACGCUGAUGUGGUCAGCCACGUGGCCUAAGGAAGUAAAAAAUUUAGCCGAAGAUUUUCUUAAAGAUUACGCUCAAAUCAAUGUUGGUUCUUUGCAACUUUCAGCAAAUCAUAAUAUACUGCAAAUAAUUGACGUAUGUCAGGACUAUGAAAAAGAGACUAAAUUAAGUACCCUACUGAAAGAGAUAAUGGCAGAAAGUGAGAACAAGACCAUAGUGUUUAUUGAAACGAAGCGCAGAGUGGACGAGAUAACGAGGAAAAUGAAACGUGACGGUUGGCCAGCGGUUUGCAUACACGGCGACAAGACACAGCAAGAACGAGAUUGGGUUUUACAAGAUUUCAGAUCAGGCAAAGCACCAAUCCUCGUUGCUACAGACGUUGCCGCACGCGGUCUUGACGUUGAAGACGUCAAGUUUGUCAUCAAUUUUGACUACCCCUCCUGUUCCGAGGAUUACGUCCAUCGUAUCGGCCGUACCGGUCGCCGACAAAAGACCGGCACGGCGUAUACCUUCUUCACGCCUAACAACGCCAACAAGGCCAACGAUCUGAUACAGGUGCUGAAAGAAGCGAAUCAAGUGAUAAACCCAAAACUGCUGGAGCUCGCCGACAAUAAAUCUGGCGGUUAUGGCAGAAACAGAGGUGGAAGAAAUCGAUGGCGAUCACGAGGCGGUGGUGGAGGAGGAGGUGGGGGUGGUGGUGGUGGAGGCCGUAAUGGAAAAGAGCGCAGCUACUCGCGAAGCAGAAGUCGAAGCUACAGCAGAGAACGCAACGGCCGCAGCAGUCGACGAAGCUACAGCCGCAGCUAUUCGCGGAGUCGUAGCCCCGUCAGCAAUCGUAAUGAAGUUAUCGGCAAGAGUUAUUGGAGUAGCGAGAGAUGAUCUUCCAGCGGCUAAAGAAUGUGUGUUGCAACACAGGUAAUUUUUUUUUCUUUUUUUUUACCUCCGACAAAAACGAUACAAGUUGCAAUAAACUGUUUCAACGAGACAUUCUCUAUUCGCGAGAAACGACACUUUAAUGGCUGCCGAAUUCGAGGGAACGCGCUACUAUUUAUAGGUCAUCCUUCUUGUGUACAGCUUUCAGUCUGCACACAAUGCGCACUGCGUGUAUUCCGUCCAAUUCGGCAGCCGGACACUCAUCGUGCGAUACAAUCGAUAGUUUUGCUGACCAUGUUUACACGAAUUUCUAAUGUCAGCUAUUUUAUGUAAAACAAAUUUUCUAACGCGGGCGCGCAUGCAAGAAUGCGUGAAGCGUGCUCGAACAGAGAUUUACCGUGUAUUUGCUAGUGAUAGGAGUGAUGAAAUGUGCUAUCGUAUCUUUUAUUUCCUUUUGCAUUCCCAUGCUGCAUCUGAUUUCUUCCUUUUCCAAGUGUUAUCAAUAUACACCGGUACAUAGAUUAGGCUAUGCAAAUCCAUUACGGCGCGAACUACAGUUUACAUUUUUAUAAUGCUAAUCCUCACACGCUCGCACGACAGUAAGAAAGGGCUAAGUUGAUGUGAGCGAAUGUAUAAAUUUAAUCAUGCGAACUAAAACUUCCAGUGUAUAACGGUGUUUAAUCAGUACGUAUCUAUAGAUCAUAAUAAAUUAUAAAUGUCUAGCGCGCGCUUAUAUUUGUAAUUCAUCCGUCUGUAUCUAGGCAAUUACGAAAAAAAUGAUAGUACCACUCGAUGUACAGUAUUUCAACGACGUGAUAAAUAAAUUCAUAAAUGUCUACACUA